AUGAUUGAAGAACCUGCAGGAACUGGAAAAACUUAUGUAUAUCAAUUGAUUUCAAAAUAUUUAAAAACUGAAGGCAAAACAUAUGUUAAUUUAGCAACUACAGAUAGAUUCCAAUUACGAAGUGCUUCUGCUAUAUUUAUUGAUAAAAUUUCAAUGUUAAGUGCUAAACAAUUAGCAUAUAUUUAUAUGGCAUUGAAGCAUAAUACAAAAGUUUUUAAAAAAUCUUUUGGAGAUGGAAGGUUUGACAAUCAUAAAUUUGUGACUUUGCCUCAUGAAAUAGUUUUUGAAGAGAGUGAUGAUCAAUUUAUAGAGCAUGUAUUUGGUAAAAGAAGAAAUAAUUUUUCAGUAAAAUAUAAAAACACAGCUAUUUUGGCAACUACAAAUAAUAUGGUUAACGACAUAAAUGAAAAAAUUUUAAAUAAAUAUUUUAAUUCAAAAAAUCAAACAACACAUUAUUCUGUUGAUAAUUUAUAUUUUGAAAAUAAAUUUGAAAAUUGUGCUUAUAAAUUAGAAGUUACAACUGAAUUACUUAAUACAUUUAAUUCAUCAGGAUAUCCAUUGCAUGAAAUAAUAUUAGCAAAAAAUUGUAUUUUGAUAUGUUUAAGAAAUUUAAAUAUUAAAGAGUGA